AUUCAUUCAUGAACCGUCACUGCCAGUGGCAGUCUGCUGCAGGCACACUGUGCAAGGAUCCUCUGGCGGUUGCUUCCUGGUAAAAACAGCUGCUCUGCUCCACUGUUUCCACAUGAUUGGUCAGUAUGAUGAAUUGCUGCAAAGGCAAUGACUUCUUUAUGUGGAUAAAACAUUUUCCAGUCAGGAUUAUGAACUAAAUGUGAUUUCUAAUGCAUUAUUAUUAGGAUUGAAUUGGAUUGUUUUAAAAUUGAAUUUGACUUAAUUGAUCAAAGUGUGUGUUUUUGGAUACUGGUUGAACUUGUUGGUCUGGAAGAAAUGCAUUGAGAUGACAUUUAUUGUUAACUAAGGCUGCACAAACACACUUUAUUUAAACAAAUAAAUAACUGAAUUACUGAGAUUUUAUUGAAAUUUUUGUAAACAUUCACUUUUUGUUUUGUAUUAGUGAUGCAGCUAUCAUUUUAAUUAUCUUCUCGUAAAAACAUAGAUGAAACAAGAUCUGAAUUUUAAUUGAAACUUAUGUUAAGGGCCCUUUCAGGGUUGGGGCCCUGGACUCAUGAGGCCUGCAGGGCCUCUGGAGCAGACAAGCUGUUUUCCAUUCAGACUGGAACAAACAGAGGGCGUGGUGGAGCACAAUCGUCUCCAUUCGGCGGCGGCAAUUCGGGAGAAAGGGUUAAUAUAAAUAUAAAAACGCAAUGCACGAACUGUGAGGGAGAAAACAUCGUGCACAAAGUGAGCAGGGCCUGCAGAGGGUCCGGACUCGGCGUUCAGGCCCGAGCAGGGAGAGCAACGAGGCGACAAAAUAAAAAACCACGUGAUCCAAAAUGGGCAGUCCUCUGACGGUGCUGAAAAAAGCCAUUUUCUGGCGCCGCUGCACAAUUCUGCCCAAGUGCAAAUAAUUUCACCUGGAGUCCGGCUGGGAGCAGUGAGGGGGAACUUUGAUGUCUGAUCAGAUCUGUCCAGAUGGAUAAAAUGCAGCCGAACCGGGUCAAAAUCACAGAUCUGAACCCGCUGCUCACAUGUCCGCUGUGCGCCGGCUACCUGAUUGAUGCUACAACCAUCGUAGAGUGUCUGCACUCCUUCUGUAAAACAUGCAUUGUUGCCUUCCUUGAAACAAAUAAGUUCUGUCCUCGCUGUGACGUCCAAGUGCACAAGACAUGUCCACAGCUAAGCAUCAGAGCGGACAAAACUCUGCAAGAUAUAGUUUAUAAGCUGGUUCCAGGGCUCUUCAAAGACGAGAUGAAAAGGAGGCGAGACUUCUACGCAGAGAACCGGGAGCUGGAACCGGGCGAAGUGGUAGAAACGUUUAACAUCGCAGAAGAUGAAAUAAUCAGUCUGUCCAUACAGUUCUACGAGAGGAACCGAAGCAAUGAAAGGCAGCGAUCGGAGAUGGAAGGAGACAAGUCCAAUGGGAAACGCUUCUUGCAGUGCCCAGCAGCUAUGUCUGUCAUGCACUUAGCGAAGUUCCUCCGGAGCAAGAUGGAUAUACCAAACAACUACCGGGUGGAGGUGCUGUAUGGGGAUGAGCCAUUGAAGGACUAUUACACACUAAUGGAUAUCGCCUACUUCUACGAGUGGAGAAGAACCGGACCCAUCCCCUUGCAGUACCUGGUCAAACCCACCCGGAAACGCAGGAGGCCUUUGCAGUCCGCCGCCCAGGGCAACUCUGAUGGCGUCAACACCAGCCCGACGUCGGAGAGCGACUCUCAGAGUGACAAACUCCACAGUCCUGCCACAGUCCAGCCGCCCAGAGCUCCCUCCCAGACGAGCGCCGCUUCCCACAAUGCUUCCCCCUCCAUCCAAAGCCCCAAUGGCACCGCGGUGCCCAACAACACUCAGCGACACGCGCUGUCCUCCAAACAGGCCUCCAGCAGCCGGAAGGUGACCGUCAACGGCACGAGCCCCGGGGCCAGCAAAGAGGAGGCACGGGGUGGCGACAAAAGCGGCGCGCCUCCAACGACUUAACCCCCACGGGGCGGCGGGGGAGGACAGUGGUAUUUAAGCUGCUCCCUCUUUUUAUUUCUCCAAGUAGCCGACAGAGGCCCGAGCUUUCAUCCUUCUGGACAGGCAGGAGGCGGAUCGCCGUUAUCGUUCAGCUGGAAAGACUGACAUGCAGCCAAAUAGACUCUUGUAUGUGUGUGUUUGUGUGGUAGAGUAGAGCUGUGCACACAUACAAAACUGUACAGGAUGUAUCAAAUGUGAGCAUGUGUGCAUACAUAUGUAUAAACUUAUCUUUUAUACAAGAUAUCGUAACCGUUUUUGUAUCGUAUAUGCAGUGAGUCCGUUUCAUUUCCACAGACGUCCACUUGGCUUCCACGGCAGAAUCAUCAAAGCUUUUUGUGGUGCGAGUCACUGCAUACAGUUGGAUGUUGAAGGAAAUAAAAAAAAAAAAGACAAGCUAAUUCUCGCCUUUUUAAAGAGUUUCUCUGAAAGUGUCUGAUAUAAGCAGCGCCUCAUCAGGUAGCGUGUACAUUUAUGGAAAACCGUUGAUGCACUUUGUGAAGGUCCAGUCACAGAAGCUGGCGGGUAUUUUCUCAGCAGGAGAAUCUCCAGCCGUAUUUUCACACUCAAGUCCAAGCACUACCACACUGACGGGCAACGUGUUCGUCAGCAUGCUGUCCCUCCUCAAAGAACUGAGUGAAAAAGAAGGGAUGUUGGAAAUUUUGCCAUGUAUGUUGUUCCGUACAUUUCAACAUUCCUUUUUGUUGCUUUUCAACAGAUUCUUUUUUUUUUUUAUUUUGUUUUUUAAAUCAGCCAUAUGUGCAUGUUUUAGGUCAAUAAAAUGUUUACUAGGUUUUUUUGACCUGAGCCUCCUGUUUAAUUUCCUCUGUUCAUGACUUUCAGGGUCAUUUUCUCCAUUCAGAGGAAAUUUCUGAUUUGUAAUAUGAAUGUAAAUACUGAGUAUAAUGUAUAAAAAUUUGUCAUCCUGGGUAUGAAUAUCUAUAACAUGUUUUUUAAUGGUCCAUUUAAAACAUCUCUUUCC